AUGUCGGCGGCGCCCCAGCCCUUCCACAAGCGCCACUGCCGCAGCUUCGACUUCCUGGAGUGGCUGGACGACGAGCCCCCGGCGCCCGCCGCCCGGCGCGGGCGCGAGGCCCCCGGGACCCGGCGCCCGGGCCCGCUCCAAAGCGCCGGGCGCCACGCCAACGAGCUGCACCCGGUCAAGCUCCAGCCCCAGCGCAGCCGCAUCUCCCCUUCCAGGGCGCCCAGUACGGCGCCAGCGCGCCGCCCGCCAACGCCCCGCGCCGGCGCCUGGACAUCAAGCCCGACCCGCCGCCGCGCUACGUCUCCCCGGCGAGGAGCGGCCUGACCGUGCCCGGCGCCUGGCGCCCCUCCCGCACCCCCACGCCCAGCGACACCUACGAGGACCGGGCGCCGGCAGAACCGUACGACCCGAACCCGCAACCGGCGCCCCUCCAGGUCUUCUACGCCGGCGACGGAGCGUACGCGCCACCGCCGCGCCCGGUCCGGAACUACGUUUCCCCCUUCCUCGACGCCCACCCUGUCCGGGAGGCGCCCAGCCGGACAAACUACGUUUCCCCGUUUUACGGCGCUGUGCCAACGUUCGACGGCGCCGUGCCAACGUUCGAGGGCGCCGCGCCUCCCUUUUACGGCGCCGCCCCACCCUUUUACAGCGCCGCGCCACCGGGCGCCGCCCCGCCCUUCGACGGCAUCGCGCCCGUCCAGGCGCCGGUCUCACGAACCUACCCUCACCCGUACGGCGCCUGGCGCCCAGUGGCGGCGCCCUACCAGACGUGGCAGGUCGGGUGCUACCCGCCGGGCGCCGCCCAAUCCUCCUGGCACGCGCCGCGCCUGGGAACCGAAGCGCGCAGCCACUCCAAGUCGUGGGACGACAUCCUGGCGCCGCGUGGGCGCCCCGACCAGCCGCUGUGGCGCGGGCGCAGCUACGAGAACAUUCUAGCGCGCCACCAGGCGCCGCCGGCCCUCUCGCCCGACCCCCGGCGCCCGGCGCCCGUGGUGGUGACGCUCUCCAGCUCCCCCAAACGCUACGCCGCCCUCUCCCUCUCGGAAAACUCGCUUCUGGAGAAAGCGGGCGCCGCCGGGCGCGGCGCCUGGUUCGUGACGCCGGAGAUCACCAUCACCGACAACGAGAUCCCCGGGCGCCAGGCGCCGGCGCGCCAACGCAGCUUGGAGCAGCUGGACCAGCUCAUCACGGACCUGGUGAUCGACUACAAACCGGGCGCCGAUCCCGAGCGCCCGGCGGAGACGCCGGGCGCCAGCUCUCCGGACGCCAGCACCGACGAGGACGACGUCAUGUGCUCCAACGCCCGCUGCGGGCGCACGGAAACGAUGUUUCACGCCUGCCUCUACUUCAAGUCCUGCCACAGCUGCCGCACCCUCUACUGCUCGCGCCACUGCCGGCGCCAGGACUGGCGCCGCCACAAGGAGCGCUGCGCCGCCGGCCGGGCUGCCAGCGCCUGCCGCAACGCGCCACGUUUCUCCCGAGAGGACGCGGCGGCGCACCGGGCCUUCUCCCGCUUGGCGCGGGUCGGGUACCUCUCCCGCGGGCGCGGCGUCCUCUUCCUCGGCUUCCCCGCCGCCGCCGCCGCCGAAAGCUUCCUGCGCGCCGGGCUGGGCGCCCUGGCGGCGGCGCCAACUUACCUCUCCCUCCGGGAAGUGGGCGCCCACGCCGGGAACCUGGGGGCCUACGCCCGGGAGUUGCAGCGCGCCGGGGAGGAUUACGACCCGGCCGAAUGCUUCGUGCUGAACGUCACCGUGGCGGCGGGCGACGGGCACCCGGGUGCGCGCCAGCACGCCAAGGUGGCGCUGGCGGCCUCGGCGCCGCCGCCGGGCGCCGAGAUCGAGACGCUGAUUUUGACGCCGCCGCCGGGCGCCGGCGACCAGGAGGACCGGCGGGCGCGGGAGGUGUGCUUUGUCCACAUCCAGCGGGAGCUGCGCGCCCGGGGCGUGGCGCUGCGGCGCGAGUUCCCGGAGGUCUACGGGCGCCUGGUGGCCUUUGUGGAGAGCGGGCGCCGCUUCACGCCCACCACUAUCUAUCCCGUCGACAAGAGGACGGGCAAGCAGUUCCUCUGCAUGAUCAUGGCGGGAUCCGAACCCCGGACCCUGGACUGGGUGGCCAGUCCCAAUUUGCUGGACGAGCUGAUGUAGCGGAGGCAAGCGGCGGGGAGUUCCGAGGGACGGAAAAAAGAAACGGGCGCCGUUUUGGGCAUGUUUUUGGGUUCAAGUGGCGGGGAGUUCCACUGGGAAGAACGGACCAAAAAGCACUGGAAAUGGGCGCUGUUUUGAUGCAGUUUGUGCAAUGUUUCUGUGCUCAAGUGGCAGGGAGUUCCACUGGGAAGAACGGAGAAAAAAGCACUGGAAACGGGGCUGUUUUGAUGCAGUUUGUGCAAUGUUUCUGGCUUCAAGUGGCAGGGAGUUCCACUGGGAAGAACGGACAAGACAGCACUGGAAAUGGGCGCUGUUUUGAUGCAGUUUGUGCACGUUUUUGGGUUCAAGUGGCAGGGAGUUCCACCGGGAAGAACGGACCAAAUAACACCAGAAAUACACCAGUAUUGCUGCAGUUCGUGCGACGUUUCUUGGUUCAAGUGGCAGGGAGUUCCGACAGACAAAAAACUCCGCUUUGCUGCGGCUUGUGGGACUUUUCUGUGUUCAAGUAGCAGAGAGUUCCAACGGAAGGAACGGAAAACGGGUGGCGAUUUGCUGCAGUCUGUGCAAUGUUUCUGUGUCGAAGUGGCAGGGAGUUCCAACGCCCUCGGAAAUCCCCGAUUUAUCGGCGACAAUUUGUACGUUUAUUUGGGAUCGUUAUUGUGGAUCCUCGUUAUUGGAUAACGAUGGAAGGAUUGAAAUUCAAAAGAAUACAGAAUAAGACAGAAGUUCAAAAGAAGAGAGUAAUUCAAAAUCAUCAUCCUCAUGUUUUAGAAACUGGCACGAAAAUCGGCCCAAAAAGGCUAUUUCCUCCCGGAAUGGCAAAUCUUAUCGAUAUGUUUUAUCGGACGAUUACGAUGGUGAAGUUUUAUAUUAUUAUUAUUAUUAUUAUGGUUUUGAUUAUUAUUAUUAUUUUGUAUUAUUAUUAUUAUUUUUGCACAUUGGAGGGCAGAUUGAAUAUCGUAUCAGCAAAAAGAUACCUUUCCUUUGACGGUUCUGGAAAAGGAUCGAUAUUAUUAUUGUAUUAAUAUUAAUAUUAUUGUAUGCUAAUAUUAAUAAUAUGAAUUACUGUUGUUAUUAUUUAUUAUUAUUUUAAUUAUUGAUGUUGUUAUUCUUUAUUAUUAACAAUAUUAAUUUAUUAUUAUUAUUAUUAUUUAUUAACAAUAUUAAUUUAUUAUUAUUGUUAUUAUUAUCAUUAUUAUUAUUUAUUAAUAAUAUUAAUUUAUUAUUAUUAUUUAUUAUUAAUAAUAUUAAUUUAUUAUAAUUAUAAUUAUUAUUAUUAUUAUCAUCGGAAGGUGAUGAGAUAGCAAACUGUCAAAUGGGUGCACCAGACGAAGGAAUUGUAUGUCGAAUGCCAAAUCCGAUCAAAAUCCUAUUUUUCCCCCUGGAGGAUUGAGCGGUUUGUAAACGGUGCAUUUUUAUUAAUUCUUAAUAAUUAUUAUUGUUUGUUAUUAUUAUUAUUAUCAUCGGAAGGUUCAUGUGACAAGCUGUAAAAUGGGCGCGUCGGACGAAGGAAUUGUAUGUCGAAUGCCAAAUCCUAUCCAAAGGUUAUUUUUUUGUGUCAAUUGUGGGGAAAAAGACGAAUGCAUGUUCUAUUUAUUUCCUUAAAGAAAGAGAAAUCUAUAUAUAUAUAUAUAUAUAUAGUUGCCCAAAUCUUGAAAUGUAUUUUCUGCUGGAGAAAUAUAAGAAGCAUGUCUAUGUAUGUUUAUAUGGAAAGGUAUAAAAAGAGGAGAAUUUAUUUGCCUGGAAUAAAGACGAAACGGAACUCGAACUCGCAACCGUGGCAUUAUUAUUAUUAUUAUUAUUAUUAUUAUUAUUUUAUUUUAUUAUUAUUAUUAUUAAUUUAUUUGUAUUAUGACUUGCCCUUAAUUUAUUUAUUAUUUGUUUUAUUAUUAUCAGUUGCCCUUAAUUUAAUUAUUAUUUUUUAUACAGCUAUUAUUGGCACACGAUUCAUUAUUCAUUAUUAUAUUAUUGUUAUUAUUAUUAUUAUAAUUUAUUUGUAUUAUGAGUUGCCCUUAAUUAAUUUAUUAUUUGUUUUAUUAUUAUUAGUUCCCCUUAAUUUAUUUAUUAUUUGUUUUAUUAUUAUCAGUUGCACUUAAUUUAAUUAUUAUUUUUCAUACAACUAUUAUUUGCCCACGAUUCAUUCUUCGUUGAUUACUAUUUCCACUUCCUUUAUUUAUGAUUAAUUUAUUUGUAUUAUGAGUUGCCCUCAAUUUACUUAUUAUUUGUUAUAUUAUUAUUAUUUUAGUUCCCCUUAAUUUAUUACUUUUAUACAACAUAGAAUUAUUUGAUUCUUAAAUAAUAUUCAUACAUAUGAAUAACACUAAGACAUUAAUAAUAUUAAAAUAAUAUAAAUAUAUUGAUAUAAAUAUAUUUAUAUUUAUUAAUAUAUUUAUUAAUAUUAAGUAAUAUAUUAAUAUAAUAUAAUAUAAUAUAAUAUAAUAUAAUAUAAUAUAAUAGUAAUAAAUGAUUAAAUAAUAUUAAUAUAUUUACUUAUUAUUUGUUAUAUUAUUAUUAUUAUUAGUUCCCUUAAUUUAUUUAUUACUUUUAUACAACAUAGAAUUAUUUGAUUCUUAAAUAAUAUUAAUACAUAUUAAUAACACUAAUACGAUAAUAAUGUUAAAAUAAUAUAAAUAUAUUGAUAGAAAUAUAUUAAUAUUUAUUAAUAUAUUUAUUAAUAUAAAUAUAAUAUAUUAAUUAAUAUAAUAUAAUAUAAUAUAAUAUAAUAGUAAUUAAUGAUUAAAUAAUAUUAUUUAAUCAAUAAUUACAAUUAUAUUACUAUAUAUAUAUAUAUAUAUAUAUUAUACUAUUAUAUUACUAUUAAUUAUAUAUUAUAUUACUAUUAUAUUAUAUUAUAUUAUAUUAAUUACUAUUAUAUUAAUCAUUAAUUACUGUAAUAUUAAUCAUUAAUUACUAUAAUAUUAUAUAUUAUAUUAUACUAUUAUAUUAUAUUAAUAUAUUUAUUAAUAUUAAUAAAUAUAUUAUAUUUAUAUUAUAUUAUAUAUAUAUAUAUUUAUAUUCUAUUCUAUUAAUAUUAAUUAAAUAUAUUGAUACAAAUAUAUUGAUCUUAUUUAAUUAACAAUUGCUAUUAAUUUAUAGAUUCAUCUAUAGAAUUAAAUAAAUAUUGAUUUAUCUCUUUUCCCAAAUUGCCUUGCUGGGAAUUAUAGUUUUUGAUGGGAAUUCUAGCACUGCCUGGGAAGAAGGCGCAACUUUGGGCCUGAAAACUACACUUCCCAAGGUGCACCUGGGGCUUGGCCUGGCCAUUCCUCUGCUAAGCCUGGAC